AAUUUCAGACAUGGGACGAGUACUGCUUCAUAUAAAGUAUCAUCGUGCGCGUAGAAUGUCGAUUUAUUUUUAAUCGUUAGUUUCGAUAACGACAAAAGCCGAGAAAGAUGGUGUUAACAGCUGUGCUGUCUAUGGUUCGCUAUAUUGGCGACAUAGAUGAUUGGGAUUUUGUCGAUCGCCUGCAUAGCUAUUUCACUACUAACAUUCUCAUCGCAUUCUCUAUCCUCGUCAGCUUCAAACAAUUUAGUGGAAAACCGGUGGAAUGUUUGGUACCUGAUAUCUUCAGUGGAUCAUGGGAACAGUAUGCAGAGAAUUAUUGCUGGGCGCAAAAUACGUAUUAUAUACCAAUACGUGAAGUGGUUGCCGGUGUACCAACCACGGAGAAAAAACAACGGCGUAUAUCUUACUACCAGUGGGUACCAUUUUUUCUCUUAGUUGAAGCAGCCUGUUUUCGAUUGCCUAGUCUCGUAUGGAAAUAUAUGGCUGGACAUUCUGGUAUUAAAUUACAUGAAAUUGUGAAGUUAUCCUCUGAUCCGAACAACAUCAAACCAGAAAUAAAGAAAGCCAAUAUUAAAUCAUUAACUCUACACUUACAUGGAGCUUUAAGAUUUCAUCGAAGAUUACGGAAGAAACAGUUUCAUCCCCAUCGUUAUUUAAGAAUGUUCAAUAUACCUUAUACAGCUUCAUUUGUCACUUAUACAUAUGUACUUACUAAACUCCUUUAUCUAGUCAAUGCUUGUGUCCAGCUGCUGAUCAUGAACAGGUUUCUCGAGACAGACCGUUACAACUGGUAUGGUUUGGGAGCAGCGCUUGAUCUUUUGAACGGUACAACAUGGGAGCAAUCGGGAAUGUUCCCACGAGUAUCAUUAUGUGAUUUUGACGUUCGUGUGAUGGGAAAUAUUCAAGAGCAUACCAUACAAUGUGUUCUUGUUAUUAACAUUUUCAAUGAAAAAAUUUUUAUAUUUUUAUGGUUUUGGUACUCGGCUUUAAUAAUUUUCACAACUGGUAGUCUUAUGUUCUGGAUUGCUGUAUGUUUAGUACCCUAUCCUAAUCGAAAUUUUGUUAUUCGUCAUUUGGAAAUGAGUGAAUUGCCUUUCGAUGCUCAAGAAAGCGAAGAAGAUGUGGAGCGAUUCAUAAAUAUGUAUUUAAAGAAUGAUGGCAUGUUUGUGCUCCGGAUGAUAACACUCCAUUCUGGUGUUAUUUUUGGUAAUGAAUUGAUAUUUGCAUUGUGGAAAUCGUAUUUUGGCAUUGAGCCGCAGAUACGGCGAUGCAGCUCUUUCCCAACUGGCGCUACGAUAUGGUUACCACCUACAGACAAACAGCUUUGCGAUUUCGAUCUUAAUCAGUUCGACAAUGACUCUGACUUGAAAUUGUUCCAGAAGAUGGGUGAAAAAAAGAAUAGUCGAAACGCUGUGGGCACAAUUUUAGAUGCUACGAAAAGUGAAGAAAAUCCACUAUUACUGACACAGAAGUCAACUGCUCCUACACAAACCUUCAAAAAUAACCCUCUUAGAAGGCCAGUAAGCAACGAAAGUUGUUUACUUCAGCGUACGGCUCUUUCGUCUCACUCACCUGCUUCCAACAAUCCAACGGAAAAGACUGGAAAUUUUAUGAUUUAAUAUUAUUCUUCAGUUAUUACUUCAAAUCAUGACCAGUUAGUCUUAACAUUAUUGGCCUUAUUACCCUACGAAAAUCCGUGGUGAUGCUAAUUAAUUUAUUAUGUGAUCUGUGAAACGUAUUUUGUGACUCCGAGACUCUAAAUUUUUAUCUGGAAUGACUAAAAUGUCUGUUGUUUUGCCUAUAUAUCUGUUGUGUUUUUAAAGCAAACUGGCGCAGUUUGUAUUACACUCUAGUUUCAGUAUCAGUUCAAGAUAUCCAAAUG